AUGCCGCACGCUUUAGCCACCGCUUCUGCGCCCUACGACCUGUCGGGCCGCACCGCCAUCGUUACCGGCUCGUCGACAGGCAAUGGACGCGCCAUCGCGGUCGCACUCGCCCAAUGCGGCGCUGACAUCAUUGGCGUCGACCUACAGCCCGGCCAGCCCAAAGGUUUCGAGGAGGACGCUCCUCACACGCACGACCUGGUUCAGCGCGACUACGGGGUAAAGUCAGCUUUCGUACAGGGCGACGUGACGCUGGAGGAGACAUGGGAGAAGGUCAUGCGGACCGCUCUCGAGUUGACUGGCCGGGUCGAUAUCCUGGUCAACAAUGCUGGCAUCCUCGGGAAAGUCGGACCUGUGCACGAAGCGACUCUCGCACAGUGGCAGCUCGUCAUGAACAUCAACGUCAACGCCGUCUUUCUCGGUAUCCGUGCCGUCAUCCCGACCAUGCUCGCUCAGGAGAGUCGCUCGGGCGGAGUACGCGGCACCAUUAUAACCAUUUCCUCGAACGCCGCCUACCACGGCGCUCCGGAGAAAGCCCCCUACUGCGCCUCGAAGGGCGCUCUCAUCUCGAUGAAUCGUGCGCUCGCCGUCGACUACGGUCGUCAAGGCAUCAAAUGCGUGACUGUCAGUCCUGGCAUCAUCGCCACAGCGCUCAACGCUCAGGAGCUCGCGGACCCCAGCAAGUGCCAGAACUACCGCAGUCAGACGCCCUGGCCUCGCUUCGGUCGAGUCGACGAAGUUGGAUCAGCCGUCCUCUUCCUCGCGAGCGACGCCUCCGACUAUUGCAACGGCACCGACUUGGCCAUGGACGCGGGCUACAUUCAGGCUUGA